AUGGCGCUACUGAUAUGGCUACUCCUUUUUAAAAUGGUGUGCGCAAAAGAAAAUUACGCAAGCAAUGGGAUUUUACACCACAUAAACACGGGGAUGAAUAUCGCUAAGGAUUUUUUAGGAUCUGAAUCGGUAGCCCUCAAAGUAGCAGAUUUUGUUGUUCGCGCGUUCCAACCCACAAAGCAGCAUCAACGACCUUCACAUUUCGAAGAAUCUACGGAAAACGAUAAGAAAUUUUCCGAAGAGAAUGAAUUUAACGUGAAACAGUCUUCAUCCUUGUCGCCGUGGCGUCACAUAGUGCGACUACUGGGACUCCAGCCGAACCAGAUUAGUGCUGUUGCCGUCAAUGCCCUGAUAUUUGUUGCACAGAUGAUAACAACGUUCCUGUCAGGGCCAAGACAGCCAGGCAAAAACUUCAGAGCAGAGGAUCCUUUUAAGUUCGUCCUAAAUAAGAACUCCGAAAGGCUGCAACAGCUUCUAGCAACGGCUAAGAACGAAUCUCUACCAGAUUUAAUCAACCAAAUUGUAGAGGAACAAGAAUCCCAGGAAGAAACCAGCUGUAUUAAAUUGCUUGUAUGUAAACUGACACCAUUUAUAGAGAAGAUGCAAAGAACGGUGUUUAAUGAUGAUAGUAGAGAAGAAUAUGGGAAAAUCCGUGGCGCUGAGAUAUUGUACCGCCAUCUACCGACCAGCGACGAAAUUAAUUUAAGCAGCGACAUAUGUGAAAACAAAUAUAGAGAUUGUAAUUUACAUGAAUGA